AUGAUUUGGUAUAUAUUGAUAAUAAAAUUAAUAUGUACAACGGUGAUAACGGCUCUUGAUGCAGUUAGCAAAAAUCUGUUGACGCCGAUUGUGGAGUACGGAGAAGCUUGUGGAUAUGAGUCUUGUCCGCAGACAAAACCUGAUUAUCUCAACGUACAUAUUGUCGCUUCUACCCACGGAGAGCUCGGCGGUUCUAGAACGUUCUUGGAGCACUUCACUGGCGAUGGAUCUCAGAUGUUUACGACAUCAGAUAUUAAUAUGAAAAAUAUAUUGGACUCGGUGAUAACGAGUUUGUGGACUGACAGCGCACGAACGUUUACACUGUCCGACAUUACAUAUUUCUUUUAUUGGUGGAAGGACAGAGAUUCAACUGUUCGACGCAUGGUAUAUGAACUAAUUCGUCAAGGGAGGCUGUUCUUCGUAGGGGGUGGCUGGGGAAUGAGUGAUGAAUCAACAACCCAUUAUCACGCCAUAAUCGAUCACUACACUUACGGCCUCAGGAAACUCAACGCCACCUUCCUGGAGUGUGCUAGACCCCUGGUAACCUGGCAAGCUGAUACCUUUGGACAUUCAAGGGAAUUCGCAUCUCUGAUGGCGCAGAUGGGCUUCGACGGACACUUCAUCAGCCCUAUCAGCUUCGAUGAUGAACUGGCGAGAAUGACAUCUAGAAGUUUGGAGUUCGUCUGGAGAGGGAGUGAUGAUCUGGGAGCUGAAACUGACAUUUUUACUCACAAGUUAUUCGACGGCUAUUGGUCUCCUCCAGGGUUCUGCUUCGGCAUUGGCUGCACCGAUCCUAUGAUUGUGGUUGAUGCUGAGUUCAAUAAUGUCGCUGAAAGAAUCCAGGCUUUCAAGAAGCAGAUACUAGAACACCAAAGUCCUUUCUAUACCACGAACAACGUGAUGGUGGUCAUGGGACAAAAAAUGGGAUACCACGACGCGAAGAUUUGGUUCACAAAUAUUGACACUCUUAUCAGAUCAAUAAACGAAGCAAAAAGAAAAGAUGACGAAGUGCAUCUCAAUUUGAUGUAUUCAACGCCAGCCUGUUAUUUGAAGGAGAUCAAAAAAGCUUUACCUGUCCUGAAAACGAAACAAGACGAUUUCUUGCCGAUAGCCAACGACAAAAACGCUUAUUUCACUGGUAUGUUCUAUUCGAGGCCUGCGAUUAAAUAUCUAGCCAGGGAACUACAUUUAUACUUAUUGAUAGCAAAACAGCUGCAGAUGUUUGGUCACCUGAAGAACCAUGAUCAGCUCUUCGAAGAUAUCCAGUGGAUUGCCGGCGACACAAUUGACCAUUCCAUAAUAAAAAUACCAGAAUUUGCCAGACGUAUACCAGAAAGAUUUCUGCCAAGUCACUCGCCAGCAUUAUUCGAUGAAAUGGUAUUCAUAGCGGAGAAGAUACCACCUAUGGGCUACCGUUCUUAUUAUUUACAAAUAGAAGGUUCUAGAACGAAGAGGGCGAUCAUUAAGAAAAUGACAAAGAAUAAGAAGAGAAAGUUUCUGACGCGACAGUCACACAGCGUGAAAGCUUCUGACAAUAACCUGAUAACACAAUAUGAUGAUGAUUAUUAUUUGGAUGAAUUGACUCAUAAGCCUACAAUUAUAGAAUUCGCUAACGUGUCAAAGGGCGAAGAAGAUUCACUAAAGGAAUAUGGCUAUGUCUUGACACCAAGAAGUAAAUCCAAUGAGACCUAUAAAGCAACCGAAGCCCCUAAAAGAGAAGGUGGUAUCGAAGCACAUCACCUUGAUAACAUUUCGACUGAUUCGAUCACCCCACACCAACUAAACCUUAGUUCUUCAUGUACUGGAGCUCCUACUCCUGACCACACAGAACUGCCUACUAUCAACUCAACCGAAAAAUCCUCUGACACCACAACUACCACCUCUGCUUCCAUCACACCCCUUUUAACUUCCACUAUCAAAACGGCGACUGAUUAUUAUGGUGACGAAGGAAGUUUUAAUAUUACGAAUGAUGAAGAGAAUAACGGAGAAGUGACUUGGGAGCAGGAGCUCAUGUUCAGGGGACAAUAUUUACAUUACGCGUACACUAUUAUCACACAAUAUUUACAAGCGUUAAGACUGUAUAAAGAGUUACCUUACGUAGAAAUAGAUUGGUGUGUGGGGCCCAUUCCUGUUGAUGACGCAUUUGGCAGAGAAGUUUUUGUAAGAUACUCCACAGAUUUACAGAAUAAUGGAGUUUUCUAUACGGACAGUAAUGGACGACAGACAAUAAAAAGGAUAAAGAAUAAAAGAUAUACACAUCAGAUGGUGUAUACUGAUGAUAUAUCAGCCAACAUUUACCCAAUAACAUCUAAAGUGUACAUCGAAGAUACUAAUAAAAAUAUCCGAUUUUCAAUUUUCCCCGACCGAGGCGAAGGUUGCACAUCUUUGGACGAAGGUGAGAUUGAUGUUAUGGUCCAUAGACGGCUCGCAAUAGAUAACAAUGGACCUACUGAUGGCAUCAACGAUACUGCAGUCGAAACAGGUCUUGUGAUCAGGGGAAAACAUCGCUUGUAUCUGUCAAAAGCUGAUUAUAAACCCAACAAAUUCUUCGAGAAGAAAUUUGCCAAGGAGUUGGAAAUACAGCCUCAAAUAUUUACGUCAGCACAUCCAUUCUACGACUCCAGUAUUGGUUACACAAAUUGGUCUGAAUGUAGAAACGAAUAUUCUGCUUUAAACAAGAAACUGCCUAUAGGUUUGCACGUAUUAUCAUUCGAGAAAUGGAAUGAAAAACUUUUGAUUCGUUUCGAAAAUUAUUUAGAAUCAACCGAUGUAGUCAAAAACGGAGUGAAAAUUGUAAAUAUUUUAAAUCUAUUUAACGAUUACUUGAUAACAGGUUGUGAAGAGACAAUGUUGGGUACGAAUAUUCGGCGUUCGGACUAUUUCAAGAUGGAAUGGCAAAAAGGGAAAUUUGUUAAGAAAUUUAAUGAUGUUUACGGUAAUGAUAGUAAUUUAGAAUUUGCUGAUGAUGUUGGAAGACAGUAUGAAAAAGUUAAUUUGGCUGUUGGCAUAAAAUUGGUUCCACAACAGAUAAGAACAUUUGUGUGUAGUUAUCGGCUUGUUAGAGAAAUGUCUUAA